AUGACAACGCCAUCUCGCGACGGUGGCUUCAGUGAUCUAAGCUUCAUCUCAGUAGGUGAUCCAUACGGUCAGAAGAAAUCCAAGGAACGAGGUCUGGGAGGUGACUUGAAGCCGUUCCUGACCUGUCCACCCAAGAAGGGCCAGCUCGCUGCUACCUUUGGUCCCGGUUUUCCGAAGUUUGAUCCACUCGGUGGCGAAUAUGCAGAGCAGUACAAACUCGAAGCUCGACGUCGACUUGAAAACACGAAAACGUUUGUCAAGCCUAACGGGUUCUCGUACUCGAACCCGUCGCAGAACCACACUGGAUCUGGUGAUUACUACGGAGCAUUCGGCAAAUAUGAGCGUGACGAAGACGACAUCAAGAAAGCGAUGGAGGAAAACGCAGCACCGAAGCCCAAUCCAAAAGAAAAACAGUUCGAGAAGAAGAAUGUGCUAACAAAUCCGGGACGUCGAGGCACCUUCGGAUAUGCAGGCACUUUGAUCGGCGGGAAUCUUUCAGCCAUGGACGCUGACUAUGGAUCUGAGCGACGAGCAGCUAAACUCAUCGAAGACAAACACAAAGCAGCAAUUGGUGACCGCAAGCCGUUCAAGUCGACCACCGAAGGCGUAGAUUUCUUCGACAGUCAUGAACACGUUGCAGCGUCACGUGUCAUGGGCUGGGAUGAUCAGUGUCUGGCCAAACCGCCAGGUGCACAAGAGCUGAUGAACCCCAAGGAACGGGCGGCAGCUCGCGCUCCAACGUACAAGGCCUGGAAGCCUAAUAACCCGAUCAAAGCAGGAGAAGAAGGCACGUUUGAGAAGUUCCCAGAGAGACUACCAGAGCCGUAUGACGAAGCCAUCGUGAACCGUGCCAUGCUACCCAAUCGCCGUAACCCCGUCAAGAUAGCGACCAAGGACCUGCCCAAUGCACUGCGCGAGCGUAGGGCCUUCAAACCCAGCAGUGGACCAAAGACCAAGCUCACUCGGGGCACGUGUCUGCUAGGCAUCUCAAAGCACCACGUUUAA